CACCACCACAUACGCUCUCCAAUUCCGCUCUCUCGACUUGCUUUCAGUCUCUUAUCACUCGUAAAUCAUGGAUACAGAGUAUCGAAUUGAGGCUGUCUCCCGCUUUCUUCUCCAAUCUCCGCCGGGAGAGAUCAAUGAUGUGCUAAACGACGUUCGGAAUAUUAUCUCGGACGACGAGAGUCUUCAAGGAGGUGUCUACCCCGCCCUUCAAGAGUACAACCUCGCACAAUUCAUUGUGGCAGAUGUGCCCGGCGUCAACCAUCAAUCGAUCGUCAGCACCGCUGCGAAGGUUGAAGGAGAGGAGAACAGAUUCUUGGAUCCACGAUCGAAGACGACCUUUGUGUUUGACCAUGUAGCUUUAGAAUCCUCAGAACCGGAGACCCAUGAACCUAACCCUGAAUCAGAGCCAUUCCGCGCCGCACUUGAAUCUUCCACACUCACUUAUCUCUUCGGUCACUUCCACGAUGGCGUCGCCUCCGUCUUCUCUACCCCAGGAUCAUCUACGCAUUUCACUAUCCAAGUCGUCGCGAACAAGUACAACCCUAACAACUACUGGUCAGGUCGGUGGCGGUCAGAGUACGUUGUCGAUCUGGAGGCGAAGACAAUUUCGGGUCGGCUUCUGCUGAACGUCCAUUAUUACGAGCAGGGAAAUGUCCAACUCGAAACCCAACACACCGCUUCCAUCUCCCUCCCACCUACAAUAUCCUCCUCUUCGCCUGGUCCCUCGGCUUCGAAGAUCUUAGCACUCAUCGAAGAUGAAGAAAGCAAGUACCAGACAGCGUUGAACAAUACGUAUCAGGAUAUGGGAGAGAAGACCUUCAAGGGGCUCAGGAGAGCUCUGCCUUUGACGCGUCAGAAAAUCGAUUGGGAUAAGGUGCUAGGAUAUAAGCUAGGCCAGGAGCUCUCGGCGAGUCGAGGUGGUGGGUUUGGGGCGACUGCCUCGUAGGCCAUGGCUGUGGCCAAAGGAAGUUCAGAUGCGAGAAGAUAUUGUGGCCCCGACAGUCAUAGCGUUAACUAUAUUUUGAAUUCAUCGAAACUUAUUCUAGGAAAUAUUUGGAUGCGUGAUAACGAAUUUACGCUGAACGUAACCUGUACAGUGUAGGCCCACAUGCACUCAUUGAUCCGCCACUUUGGGUCAAAUCAUUUUCUCACGUCCCUCACCAUACUCAUUCGAGUUGUUGGCUUUGUGGUUGAGAGUACCUAUUAUUUAUGGUCCUCAGAAUAAAAUACACAGGGUACC